AGAUCUUCUGCAUAGUCUGAAAAAUGUUUUUUUUUUCUGUGAUUGCCAAUUUUAAAUGAAUAAACCACGAAUCUAACUUCUAGUUCUUUCUUUAAGUUCUAACGGUAAUUUAGGUGUUUGUAUUCGCUUUUUUUGCCCCCUCGAAGUUACGUUUUUUUCCAACAGUAUCUGUUGCAAAGCCAUGUGCUUAUACAAUUUAUAAUCAAUACUACAAUACCUCAAUACUACCAUUGUUGUUAGUGUCCAUAAUGUUUUAUAACAUGUAAAGAGCGACGUUAAGACGCUUUCGAUUCGGGCGGAACAACAACAUCCCUUACGUCACUUCUGCUCAGUGUCAAACAUGGCGCUGCUACUAAGGACAUUGGUCCGUCAGGGGGUGUGCAUCUCCAGGCCACAGUGCAGUGUCUUAUUCAGGCAUGCGGCUCCAAUGGGAACAACAGCAAAGGAGGAGAUGAACAAGUUCUGGGCCAAAAAUACCAGACUAAACCGGCCCAUGUCUCCGCAUAUCUCCAUCUACAAAUGGUCCAUCCCCAUGAUGAUGUCCAUCACACACAGAGGAACUGGAAUUGGCCUCAGUGGAGCUAUUUCCGCCUUUGCUGUGGCUGCUCUGGUUCUGCCUGGAAGUUACCCUCACUACCUGGAUCUGAUCCACUCGCUCUCCAUUGGGCCGUUCCUCAUAGGCCUGGCCAAGUUCGGCAUAGCCUUUCCCGUGUCUUUCCACACCUACAACGGAAUCCGCCAUUUGUUCUGGGAUAUUGGCAAAGGCUUCAAAAUCCCAGAGGUGUAUCGCACAGGCUACACGGUGAUCGGCCUGUCAGUCAUCACCUCCAUCGCCAUCACUCUCCUCUGAGCUCAGCACCAGCAAGUCAAAGUGCAUUGUGGGAUUUUUUUUUAAUGUGUAUGUAUAUGUUCCAUUGUGGCAUCAGAGUAUUAAAUAAAGAAUUCUAUAUCUA